AAGACAGUGAAAGAGUUGUGGAGACCGGAGACUAUUGGCAUUCAAGUGCCCAAAGAAAUGGGUGAUAAUGACUACGGCAAAGCCUGGUUCAUACAACGACAUCCGAGUCCAUUUAAGGAAGUCAUUUGGCAUCCGGGUGGCAUUACCGGCACCACUACCAUGCUCAGUCUAUUCCCUGGUGAAAAUAUGGUUGGCGUUGCAUUUGUUAACAGAGGCGCAGUGGAAGGCGAAAAGCUUGUGCUGGAUAUCGCCAAAAUGUUCAAGCAAUUCACAUAA